GACGGCCUCAUUACGCAUUAAUAUCAUAUGAUAUUACUUACAAGCAUUAGUGACCUAUGAAUGAGACAAUAAUCGUACUGCCUACAUAUAUCAAUCCACUGCCCUCUUGUGUCAAUUUUACGUAAUUUUCUACAAUCAAAAUAAUAACUUAACCUCUUUAUUCCUUGUCUUCCUUAUAUUGCAAUUUUGAAAAAAGAUAUGUGUUAAAUAUAUAAUUAGGCAAAAGUCAUUUUUUUAGAGAAAAAAUAAGUUAUUUCAUUAUUCGGCCAACAAUUUGUCAAAGAUACAAUGGAUGAGUGUCCGAAUAUUAUUGUUCGUUUAGCAGUAGAUAGAGCAGAUAUGAAUUUAAUUACAAAUGAAAAUGUACAACCACGAUUUUAUACUCCUGGAGAAGAAAUUUCGAGUCAACCUAAUUUUUUAAGGGGUCAUGGAACUUACGUUGAUGAUGAAAAUACAUUAAGAGCUUCAGUUGCUGGGGUUUUAGAAAAAGUUAAUAAAUUAAUAUCAGUACGACCAUUGAAAGCACGUUAUCAGGGUGAGAUUGGCGAUGUUGUUGUUGGACGUAUAACUGAAGUACAACAAAGGCGUUGGAAAGUUGAUACAAAUUCUAAACUUGAUUCAGUUCUGUUACUAUCUAGUGUAAAUUUACCAGGAGGUGAAUUGAGACGACGAUCUGCUGAAGAUGAACAAACAAUGAGACGUUACUUGCAAGAAGGAGAUUUAAUUUGUGCAGAAGUACAAAGUACUUUUGUAGAUGGUUCUCUAUCAUUACAUACAAGAGUUCUAAAGUAUGGUAAAUUGUCUCAAGGAAUAAUGUUAAAAGUACCACCUGCUCUUAUAAAGAGAAAAAAGAUACACUUUCACAAUUUAGAGAAUGGAGCUAGUUUAAUAUUGGGAAAUAACGGCUAUGUAUGGAUUGGUGCUAAUACACAAGAAACAGAUAAAUCAGAGGGUGGUUUUACGCAGGACUUGUCUAGAGUACCUCAAGAUAAUCGAGAAGUAUGUGCUCGCCUUCGUAAUUGCGUUCUAAUUUUGGCACAAUGUAAUAUGAAAUUAUCUGAUACAUCUAUAACAUAUGCUUAUGAAGAAUCUAUGAAAUAUAAGGUGAGCGAAUUAUUGCUACCAGAAUCAAUAGUUGAUAUAUCGUUGUUAACACAUCAAAGACUUGCACAAUAAUUUAAUAUAAUAAUUAACAAUAAAAACAUAUUGAGAAGAAA